AUGUGGGUGAAUUCUAGUCUCUCUAUUCCAAUUUUUCUUUUCAGAUCUGUUCGGCUGCUAAAGAAUGACCCAGUUAACUUCCAGAAGUUCCCCUACACUAACGAGGAUGAGGCCUGGAAGACCUACCUUGAAAACCCUCUGACGGCGGCCACGAAGGCCAUGAUGAGAGUCAACGGCGACGACGAUAGCGUUGCGGCCCUGAGCUUCCUGUAUGACUACUACAUGGGCCCCAAGGAGAAGCGGCUACUGUCCUCCAGCACUGGGGGCCGGAACGACCAAAGCAAGAGGUACUACCAUGGCAUGGAAUAUGAGAUGGACCUCACCCCCCUUGAAAGUCCCACGCACCUCAUGAAAUUCCUGACAGAGAAUGUGUCUGGAACCCCGGAGUACCCAGAUGUGCUCAAGAAGAAUAACCUAAUGAGCGUGGAGGGGGCUGCACCCACGCCGGGCAAGGCAGCUCUCCUCCCCGCAGGCCCCAGCAAGCUGGAAACCGGCUCUGUGGACAGCUACCUGCUGCCCACCAGCGAUGUAUAUGAUAAUGGCUCCCUCAGCUCCUUGUUUGAGAACAUUCACGGGGUGCCUCCCACGCAGCGCUGGCAGCCUGACAGCACCUUCAAAGAUGACCCACAGGAGUCUCUACUCUUCCCAGAUAUCCUGAAAACAUCCCCAGAACCCCCGGGUCCAGAGGACUAUCCCAAGAGUGACUUUGAGUACACCCUGGGCUCCCCCAAAGCCAUCCACAUCAAAUCGGGCGAGUCGCCCAUGGCCUACCUCAACAAGGGCCAGUUCUACCCCGUCACCCUGCGGACACCAGCGGGCGGCAAAGGCCUUGCCUUGUCCUCCAACAAGGUCAAGAGCGUGGUGAUGGUGGUCUUCGACAACGAGAAGGGCCCGGUUGAGCAGCUGCGCUUCUGGAAACACUGGCAUUCGCGGCAGCCCACCGCCAAGCAGCGGGUCAUCGAUGUGGCUGACUGCAAAGAAAACUUCAACACUGUCCAGCACAUUGAGGAGGUGGCGUAUAAUGCACUGUCCUUCAUGUGGAAUGUCCAUGAGGAGGCCAAGGUGUUUGUUGGCGUCAACUGCCUCAGCACAGACUUCUCCUCACAGAAGGGGGUGAAGGGAGUCCCCUUGAACCUGCAGAUCGACACCUACGACUGCGGCUCCCCCAGCGAGCGCCUGGUGCACCGUGCUGUCUGCCAGAUCAAGAUCUUUUGUGACAAGGGAGCAGAAAGGAAGAUGCGGGAUGAUGAGCGGAAGCAGUUCCGGAGGAAGGUCAAGUGCCCCGACUCCAGCAACAGUGGCAUCAAGGGCUCCCUGCUAGCUGGCUUCAGGGGAAAUGAGACCACCUACCUGCGGCCUGAGGCGGACCUGGAGACCCCGCCAGUGCUGUUCAUCCCCAACGUUCACUUCUCCAGCCUGCAGCGUCCUGGAGGGGCAGUGCUCUCAGCGGGACACAGCAGCUCCAGCAGGCUGUCUCUGAAGCGCACCUGCUCGCCCUUCACCGAGGAGUUUGAGCCUCUGCCCUCCAAACAGGCCAAGGAAGAUGAUCUGCAGAGAGUUCUGCUGUACGUGCGGAGGGAGACUGAGGAGGUAUUUGACGCCCUCAUGUUGAAAACCCCGGACCUGAAGGGGCUGAGGAGUGCGAUCUCUGAGAAGUAUGGGUUCCCUGAAGAGAAUAUUUACAAAGUUUACAAGAAAUGCAAGCGAGGAAUCCUGGUCAACAUGGACAACAACAUCAUCCGGCAUUACAGCAACCAUGUUGCCUUCCUGCUGGACAUGGGGGAGCUCGACGGCAAGAUUCAGAUCAUCCUUAAGGAGCUGUGA